AUGCUCAGAAGCAAACGAUCUUUACAUUCACUACAAACCACAUAUCACCAAAGAUUGGAGCCUGAUGAGAAGACCUUAGUUGUCGACCGAUGUCACGGGGCAACCGUCACUCCACUUACUGGUGCCACGGCUUCAAACUGGCCUACUCCAUCUAAUUUGUGUAUCAAUGACACAAUUGGCCCUAUUUCCAUCGUAUCAACUGACAAACUGUCCUCUAUUGCUACUGCAUCCUCUCUGGUUCCGCUUCAGCAUCCAUCCUUAGCGUGUCUUUCUUUAGCGCCUAAAUCUUCUUCAUCUUCCAUUUGUCUUCGUUCCCGCACGCGAUCUAGCCCUCAGUCGUCGGAGGUGCCAACUUCAAUCCUACUCCAGGACUCAGAAAUUGAGGUUAAUGAUAAGAUACCCGGUGCCCUCCAUAGCUUACCAAAAAAACAUGAACUACAAGGUCACUGUGAUGUGCUAGACGACGCUCAGGCUGGUUUACGGAUAGAUCAGGCAAUUGAGAUAAAUCAACCAAUAUUGCUGCCUCUCGCUGCUGCCAAAAAGUUGUCUUCUGCCCCAGCUGUUACUUAUUCUUCGGCAUUUUCCUCAGCCAAUAUGACCCUAGUAAAUGCUAACAUUGACCACUUUCAUCGAUCCACUCCUCAGUUUUCGCUGCGACCACUAUCUUUACCUUCGCACUUGCAAUCUCCAGACUCCGAUACAGCCCCAGAUAGCCGAGUUUAUGUAAGUCCUCUAGGUCCGGUAAAAGCUGGGUGUCAGGCAGUUUUUAAAACAAUUUAA